UAUGAUUUUGUAGAUCAAGUCUUUUGUCCGGUUUUCUAAUUUGAAGUACUUUAACCAUGUGAUCUGCUGUUUAAUCUCUGAUUUCUAUCUUUGGAUACAUCACUAUGUAUCGAUUCAUUUUGUUUGUCGAUUCAAUAACUGCAUCUUAGCCUGUUACAGCAUAUAACUAAGCCGACUGGUCAUAAAGCAAAUCUGUGAACUGCCUUAUUCAUAGUUAAAGAUGUGCUGAGUAUGGAAUCUGACUUGUAUUGGUUUUUUAAUUGCUUCGUAUCGUUUCGUUCCUUACUUUUGUAACAUCAGUUUUUAGAUAGGUUUAUCGUUCUUUCUUUCUACAUGUGUGUUGAGUAAAAAGGAAAAAUAAGUAGCCAUUCCUUUCUAUUAAGAGAAACAAGCAGUAAUUCCUUUUCUUAUUAGUUGCUUUAUGGCCAAUAACUAAACCAAGAACCUUAGAAUUGCCCUUACAAAAUUUGUGUUUCCGUUGCACCAAAACACGGUGAAGUUUUUGGUUUAUUUCGGCUUUAGUGCAUAUAAGGAUAUAUCUGAAGGAUGAUAUCAUUUUUGGUUAUUCAUUCCUCCAGUAUUUACGAGUUUCAUUUGAAAAAAUGGAUAAUGAAGCUGCCCAUGGAAUGACAAAACGCGCUAAACUUUCUGAUAAGGAGACCAUGGUUGAAGAUGGAUCCAUUGAACAUGUUCCAGAGGAAGAAAACGAGCCAAGAGCUUCAAAUUCAGAACAAGUGGAAAUGGAGACUGCUCUAAUUCUGGAGAAGAUCAAUAAUUUCACACAAAUGGUGUCAGAGCUGCUAGAAUCAGGGAAGUCAAUGCUGAAGGAACUGACCAAUGAAUUUGAGGAAAGGAUGAUAUUAAUACAUAAGGAACAGAUGGAGAAGUGGCAGGACGAGAUUAAGGAACUUCGAUUACUUGAUGCUGCAAAUGAGGAGAUUGAUGCUCUCUUACACAAUGCUAAGUAUCUACUCCAGAACAUCCAUGCUGGCUAAAACGGAGAAGCAUUUUGUAAGUUUUCAGUACAUAAUUUUUUGGAUCUAUUCAACCACUUGUUGCACUAUAAUUAGUAAUAAUAGUACGACUUUAAUUUGGUAUUAUGCUUCUCAGUAUGGUGUAUGUUUUGAGCGACUCUGGUAUUUUGUCGAAUGAAAGUUAAGACCCUUCAAUCA